AAAUAAUCCAUUACAACUUCCGAUUUGGACUUCACUGAUAAUCACGAUUACGCCACAUCUGACCCGAUUCAAUCUCACAAACAUAUUGUACCUUCAAUGACAAAUCAGCAAACACAAUUCGAAACACUAUUUGGCGCUGUGCUGAUAUUUGUGUUUCUAUCAGUUAUUUGUCUAUCAGUUACUUGUUCGUUCGGUGUGGACAGUAAUAAACGCAUCUGUGCCUAUGCAAAGAAACCAAUAUGUUGUCCUGGAUGGUACAACAAUAUCAGCUCCCCGUGCUCCAUACCAUCUUGCGCCGGAGAUUGUGGUGAUCACGGCCAGUGUAUACGCCCGAACACGUGUUUGUGUGCGGACAGACGCCUGCGAUUCUCGUGCGAUGCGGACGAACCGGAAUCAAUGCAACAUGAUCAACCAUCUGUCACCUGUGUUGAUGACUGCAACCGCCGCGGACGUUGUGUGGAUGGCACUUGUGAAUGUGACGAUGGGUUUAGUGGAGAAGCUUGUGAAGAAGUACUGGAGUCCGCUUGCUUCGCCAAACUCCAGAGAGGGCUCUGUGUGAAUCCAAUUCAACUCAGAGUCCUGGAGUCCGCUUGCUUCGCCAAACUUCAGAGAGGGCUCUGUGUGAAUCCAAUUCAAUACAGCCAGCAUUCGAUAAACGUAACCACUAAAAUGUCAAGAGAGGUAUGCUGCAAUAGCUUCGGGAUUGCUUGGGGUGAACCAUGUCAGCCUUGCCAGACGAGCUAUUGCGGAAGAGGGUACGCUCAAAAAAACGGUUCCUGUAGAGGUACGUUUCCAUACAGUAUAUGA